UAGGGUUUGGGGUUUUCUGGCAGUCGGAGCUCGAGCUGCUGCCGGUGGCGGAUCUGUGGCGCCCGACGCUGCGAGCAGCGGAAUGCGAAGGCGCCUAGCGUAGAUCUGACUCACCGGCUCUAGAUCUCGACGAAAAGCAAAAUGGUAGUUCUAGCGUCCUCCAUUAUCAACAAGAGCGGGAAAGCGCUCGUUUCCCGGCAGUUUGUAGACAUGACUAGAAUACGAAUCGAGGGCCUCCUCGCUGCGUUUCCCAAGCUCGUUGGCUCUGGCAAGCAGCACACAUAUGUGGAGACUGAAAACGUCCGGUAUGUCUAUCAGCCCAUGGAAUCCUUGUAUUUGAUCCUCGUCACCAACAAGCAAAGCAACAUUCUAGAGGACCUAGAAACACUCCGGCUUCUCUCUAAACUGAUUCCUGAGUACUGCACGUCUCUCGAAGAGGAGUCCGUUUGCAAGAAUGGUUUUAAGCUUAUCUUUGCGUUCGAUGAGGUGAUAUGCCAGGGUCACAAGGAAGCCGUCUCGGCUUCUCAAGUAAAGGAAUAUAUGGAAAUGGAUAGUCAGGAGGAAAGGAUGCAUAGGAUGAUGAUGCAGACUAAGAUCAACGAGACUAAAGAUUUGAUGAAGAAGAAAGCGAACGAGAUUGACAAAAGCAAGCUGGAUAAAACAAGACCAGACAGAAGCGGAAUCAUAUCUGUGCCUAUCAGCUUCGACAAUGGGUAUGAUCUUCCCUCGACUGGAAGAAGCAAUGGAACUUUUGUGGCGGAUGAAAGCAAGUCUAAAGGCCGUCCUACAACAGCGGCAGCUGGUUCUAGCAAAAAGGGAAUGCAGCUGGGCAAGGGACAGAAAACCAGCCGAAUCAUAGAGUCUCUCAAGGCCGAAGGAGAGGACAUCGUCGAAGAUGUUCAAGCUGCUGCCGUGGUAGGCUUGACAGCAAGUGUACCCACGGAUCCCAUCGCCGUUCUAGUCGAGGAGAAGAUCACCGUCCAGUGUAAACGAGAUGGUGGCUUGGAGUCGUUCGACAUACAAGGCACAUUGUCUCUUGUGGUCCAGAACAGAGACGACGCCUUCAUUCGUGUCCAGGUUGAAAACGGAGCCAACGAUGGAGUUCAAUUCAAACCUCAUCCCAACAUUGACAAAGAUUUGUUUGCAAGAGAGAGCAUUUUGGGCCUAAAAGAUUCCCGUCGGCCAUUUCCAACUGGAACUCCAACAGGGAUUCUAAAGUGGCGCAUGACAAGCAAAGACGAGUCUUUAAUUCCUUUGAACAUUAACUGCUGGCCUUCAAUCUCCGGGGGCGAAACGUACGUGAGCAUCGAGUAUGAGGCGUCGCAGAGGUUCGAGCUUCAAAAUGUGAAGAUUACGAUACCUCUACCCGCUCUCCGUGAUCCUCCGACAGUCAAUCAAGUGGACGGAGAAUGGAGGUACGACUCAAGACGAUCAGUUCUGGAGUGGUCGGUAGUCUUGAUUGACAACAGCAAUAGGAAUGGAGCGAUGGAAUUCGUGGUCCCGGCAGCCGACGCGUCGGUGUUCUUCCCGAUUGACGUCAAGUUCACUGCCACAAAAACAUUCUGUGAUCUCAAGGUUGUGAGCGUUCUUCAGGUGGAUGGAGGCAACAGCGUGAGAUUCGCCGGAAGCACGCAACUCCUAGCGGAUAGCUAUCAAGUGGUAUAGCACCGGAAGACGAUCGAGAAGACGAGGUGUCAGGAGAUUUUGAUUGGAAAGAAAACUUAGUUACUCUAUUCAUAUCAAAUAGCGUGCUAAACUUUGGACUAAAGGAUGAGCAAAAACAAGCAUUGCAUAAAACUCUC